CAUUUCAGCCAAAGUCAUAUAACCUAUCUAAAGAAUGAAAAGCUGGAUUGUACUGCUGGCUAUUGUGGUCAGCACAGCAGAAACCCAGAGCCAGGACAUCUGCACCCAAGGGUAUCCUGGCAUCCCUGGCAAUCCUGGGCACAAUGGCAUACCUGGUCGGGAUGGACGUGACGGGGCAAAAGGAGACAAGGGAGAUACAGGUGAAUCAGGAAUUCCUGGAAGUCCAGGAAAAGAUGGUGUCAAUGGAGAGAAAGGUGAACGAGGAACCAAUGGGACUGUUGAAGAGAAGGGGAACAAAGGAGAUAAAGGAGAAAGAGGACCACCUGGGAAACUGGGACCAAAAGGAUUUAUAGGAUCAGUGGGUUACAAAGGUCAGAAGGGAGAGCUGGGACUGCAAGGACAAAAGGGGUUAAAAGGAGACAUUGGACCCAUAGGUCCAAAAGGGACAAAGGGUGAAAUUGGCCAUCCUGGAAGAGUUGGUUUUCCAGGGCCGAUUGGCCCGAUUGGUAAUCCCGGUCCUAAAGGCAAUACUGGAGGUAUAGGGCCACAGGGUAACCCAGGAGUUCAGGGGGAAAGAGGCUUGAAAGGAGACCGAGGAGACAAGGGGGAGGUAGGAGCCCCGGGAGUCCUGCCAAGGAGUGCUUUCAGUGUCGGCCUUACAGCCAACACCAAGUUUCCCCCUCCGAAUCGCCCGAUCAAGUUUGACAAGGUGCUAUAUAACAGUCUGAAUGACUUCAGCUCGGCCACUGGCAAGUUCACCUGCAAACACCCCGGCGUUUACUAUUUCACCUACCACAUCACCGUCUACUCGAGGAACGUGCGAGUAGCUCUCGUGAGGAACGGCAUCAAGAUGCUGCACACGGUGGACAGGUACCAGAGCGGGGAGGACCAGGCCUCGGGAGCCGCCAUCCUCGAGCUGCAGGCAGGAGACGAGGUGUGGCUGCAGGCCCACCAAGGAGAGGCUUUCAAUGGGCUCUAUGCAGAUGGUGAUGAUGAUACCACCUUCUCUGGGUUCCUCCUGUUCAGCACCGCUGACCCACCGGAGCCACUGCUGCUGCACACCCCAUAG